ACUGUAUCGAUCUACUUGAAAUGUAAAUAACUCAUCCUGCUUCUUCAAAAUUCCAUUAAAAUCGAAUCAACUUUAUCAUUUAUCAGCUGCUGGAUCUAUUGUGCACAAGAUAGAGCCACACACACUACUUCCGGUAUUUGGGAUUCGGGAUCUUCAGAAAUACCCGGAAGUGACCUCAACUCCAAAUACUCGCGGCUCGUGAAAAACGGAGCGACGAACAGAUGCAACUUUUUCAAUCGUAUAGAACUACGUUUUCGCUCUUACGUCCUGACGAAAUCUAUGAACAUUUUCAAUAUUUUUCGUUUUAUUAUUAUCGCAGCUUUGGCGAAUCAUCGAGUGAAAGAAAAAUUGAAAUAUAAAUAUAUUGACUGCUUUUUUUCGGUCCAUAUCAAAGAAGUGUGCGGUGUACCUCGACGAUUUUUGUUCUUUUUGGAAUCUUGUAAUUGGAGAGCAACGUUUGAUCAUUAAGAAUUUUUAGAUGACGGCGCGGAGCCGUGGGCUGACAGGUCAUGGGGGCCUGUCUUGGCCAGUGUUAUGCCAGAAUCUCCGACACCUUUACAUACAGGUAUCGGAAGCAUACUGGGACACCCUUCCAAGAGGCCGAACCAGUUGAGCUAUGCCAAUUGACAGAAGGCGAAAAUAGUGCCUCAGAACCUCGAGGAUCGAAACACCUGUUGUCAUUACUUUCCCUCAAACGGUUCAAGAAAAAACGUGGCAUUCCUGAUGAGCUUGAACUAACCGAGGGGACUAGCUGGUCUCGAGGAUCCAAUAAGUACUCUAGGCUUAAUACUAGGAGCGAUCUGUCAACGAGUUCUGGAUUCACGACUCCGAUGCAAACCUUAGACGCUAGAAAUUUGUUGAAGCACCAAGGAUGUAUUACUUCGACUCCUGCGUCUUCCCUGGAUCUUGAAUGGGAACACGAAGUAUUGCCAAUGGCGACGAUACAACCGUCUCAAGAAUUGAGUCCAAAUGACUCAUUGUCACGUACAUCGUUGAAUGCUAGUCCUCCGUCGAGUUUAACGGCAUCUCCAUGGUCGAGGAUAUCAACACCAAAUAGUUUAGAGUGGGAUCCGGUGGAAGCGGAAAUAGAAGGUGUCGACGUGGAAACUGAACAAUUAUUAACGGAAAUCGAGAGAUUGACGGACAAAGCGCUCAAAGAAACGGGUGAUUGGAGUGGAACUUGCUGAUGAACAAAACGCGAUUAGAUAUUGAAAAAAAAAAUAACAACAAAACGAAGUAAAACCUUAGAAAAUUGCAAGUACUCAGGCUGGUUGUAUUUUUGUAUCUCAUUGAAAAGUGUUUAGAGAAUAGAAGUGUGAUAAUCAAUUGAGAAUAAUCAACGACUAAAUAUUGUUAAUAGCCAUCAACAUAUUCGAUAUUAUUUUAUUAUAUCGAAGAAUGAAAUACUAUUCGACGAAAUAAGAGACAAAGUUUCGUUUAACAAAGCUGAUAAUUCGUGUAAUUGUUGAUUACAAAGUGAUCGCAUUAUCAAAUAGUUCAUAUUUCGCAUUAGAGUGUUUUAUUAUUAAUGAAAAU